AUUUAAAACUGAUGCAUUUUUUCAAAAGAUUUAUGUCACAUGUUUUAGAAACAUUUUCAGUUUUUCAUAUAAGAGAAUACUCACCAAACAGCUCACUGCUGGACAACGUUCAAAAACACCACAGCAAAGUAAAAAUAGGAGUGAAAAAUAAUAAAACUAACAACAACAACAACUGGAACGGUUAGCAGUAAAUGUUCAGUGCUGUGAAGAUGCCAAACUGAAAGAAAUAUCAGCAUGAUCCCACCAGAUGUCGUUUUUUGCUGUUUAAGUGCGAGUGGCAGCUGGGAGUGUCGACGGGUUUCCCCUCCUCUGCGACCGUCCCAUUCAUUAAAGAAAGUUUACAGCCUGCAGACGCGCUCACUGGGGGAGCCAGUCUCACAUGAACCUCAGAGAAUAAGUGGACUAACACACCUGAGAGCUGCAAUGGAGACCAGCCAGAACCAGGAGGCAGAGGACGGCUCGUACCUGUGCAGUUUCCAGAGAACUCCUUCUCUCAGACGCAAGUGGAGGAAACGUUACGGCGGUCUGGACGGCAACAAACUGCUGGAGCCCAAUAAAGAGCCAGACAUGAAAGAUGAUGGAGGGAUGACAGACGAGAGGCAGCAGAGGAACUCGGAGAAGCAGGAUACAGCACCCCGCCCAGCUCCCAGAAACCUGAUCCAGAACCAGGUCCAGACUGCAGUUUCCACCCCGGUCCAAAAGCCUAUCAAUCUCGUUAGUCCUGGAUCAGCAGUGGCUUCAGUGUCAGCCAGUAAUGGCUGCCUGAAGCCUCCUCUCCCUCAGGCGGUGGUUCAGCCGGAGGACAGAGGCUUCCCCCCUGCCCAGCCCUGGUUCCCCCCUCAGCAGAGUCCGUCCAAACGCAGGGUGGCUGCUGAUGUGCUGUUUGACAGCUUCGCUUCAGAUGGAAGAAUCAAUGUCAACCAGUUCUUUGAGGCCAUCUGGAGCUCCGGCCUGCACAGGUCCGACCCUCGGAUCAGAGAGUGUUUCUUCCACCUGAGGAAACUGCAGGACGCCGAGGGAUCAGUGGACAGAAACACCUUCCACAGGUGCGUCACAGGAUUUGUCUCUCUAAUCCUAAAAGCUCUGCAGGGACGAUUUGUCAUCCCAGAUUUUUCCACCUUCACUGAAGAAACUCAGAAAUUGUUUUCAAGGUGUCGGCAGCUGUCGUCGGUACAGGAGAAGGAAAAGGAGAGCAUGGACAGCACUAAAUGGGGCGUCUCAAUCUGCACUGUGGAUGGGCAGAGGUUGUCUUUGGGAGACUGGGCCGGCUCUCUGGUUCUAGGUGAGGUUUCAUGGCCGCUGGUGUACGGUGUGGCGGUGGACCUGCUGGGUUCCGACCUCGUCCACAGAUACGUUGGCUUGGAGGGGUACUCCAGAUACGACUCUCCGUUCACUCUCACUAAAACAGGGAUCCCUCACAGUCCGCUCACUGAGACAGGAGCCAUCGUUGCUACAUCUUUACUACAGCUGGCGGGGAGGUUGAGUUCAGAGGAAGAGGAGAAGUACGACUCGGUGCUGAACGUCAUCCGGAGGCUCUGCAACAAAGAGCACGCCAACUUAAACUGCACCAGUUAUCAGAGCAGCAGGAAGGCCAGUGUCCGACUCCACGCUCUGUCCUUCUACCUGCAGGAGAAAAAGUGUUUUCCAGAGAAGGCCGACAUUAAUGCCGCUUUGGAUCUAAUGCUGCAGUGCGCCUCAACAGAGAUCACCUGCGAAUCAGGAGCCGCCAUGGCUGCUUCGUUAGCCAAUGGGGGCCUCUGCCCACUGUCAGGUGACCAGGUGCUGUCGUCUGUGGCAACGCGGAGUAUGCUGUCCAUGAUGCAGGUGGCGGGGAUGAAGGAUUACUCCACGACCUUCCACUACAAGACGUCGAUACCGGCCGUGUCCAGCAGCCACGGCUCCCUGCUGGCGGUGGUUCCUGGUGUUUUGGGUCUGAUGGCGUUCUCUCCUGAGUUAGACGCCUGUGGGAACCCCUGGAGGGCCGUCCACUUCUGCCAGGAGCUGAUAUCGACAUUUCAGCUGCACAGUUUUGACAUCAGGACUCCGUUCAGGCAGAUUCUGGCCUACAGACAGUGGAAGGCUGAAUCUGAGGGAUACCAGAUCAUGAACGUCCUGCUGGCAGCUUUUAAAGGAGACGUCCAGGCCCUGAGGAGGUACUUCCUGUCUGGAGUGGAUGUAAACGCUGUCGACUACGACGGCAGGUCGGCUCUGCACGUGGCGGCCGCCGAAGGUCACACAGAGGUCAUCCGCUUCCUGCUGGAGAAUGCCGGAGCGAACGCCGCCCUCCGGGACAGGUGGGGGAGCUCUCCUCUGCAGGAGGCCAGGAGGCACAACAGGGAGGCUGCAGUCCAACUGCUGCAGGGAGCCGUCUGACCCGUCCGACCCAUACCCCCACAAUCUGACCUUUGACCUCUUUAAAAGGUUCACUGACUAGAAGUGUGUCUGCAGGUGGAGGGACAGUGAGCUCAUUCAAUAAUAAAUAUUAUAAAGUUCUGUAAAGAGUUAAACUGGUGAUUGGAGGUUCUGUGAGGAGGUUCUCUUUGUCUCCGGACUGAAAGCAACAUGUAGUCCAGUUGGCUGGACUCGACUGAAUGAUUAAUAUUCUGUUCACGUCCGCUUCUUUUCAAACGCUGCGCUGGAAUCUGCUGCAGUGGUUUUUAAUAAAGCAGCUUUUGUUUCCUCUGUGGACGUCAGUUAGGAACUAAAAACAAUAUACAAUAUGAGCCACAUGAACAGACAUCAGAGAGACGAUUGAUUAUUUAUAGACAGUUAUUAUUAAUGUCUGCCACCCAGUCAGGUUCCCCUUGAAAUCAAUGAAAGGAAGCUGUAGAAACCCUUCAGUCCACAGGGGGCGCCACAAUCUACACAACAUGUACGUAAAUAUAUCACAGAGCAGACUCUGGUCACUUUCUACAGAAAAUGGUGGUUUAUAAUAAUUUGAGGAUUUGGACCAACUGCUGUUAAUUAAGUUUAAUGAACUUAAAAACAUUCAGAUAACGAAAGAUGAGAGAUCAGAUCAGACAGAAACGUUUCUUCAUCUGUUCCACAAAAAUAAAUAACAAACAAUGUGUUUAAAACCAGAAAUGUCUCCUCAUAUAGACUCAGAUACCCCAAAUAACACUGAACAAUCAACAAUAAUCUUCCUCACACACAGCUGCUUCCUCUGUUUGAUAUCACUGUUCAUCCCAAUGGCCUCCUCCUCCUUCUUCUCCUCCUUCUUCUCCUCCUCCUCCUUCUCCUCCUCCUUCUUCUCCUCCUUCUUCUCCUCCUUCUACCUUUCAUUUGUAGCCGUCUCCUCCUCCACUGUCUCUGUGUCUGUACAACCACGGAUCUCCAGAUGUGCUGAUGUUGGAUGUUUGUGAUGAACUGAAGGAUGAAGAGUUUCUUUGUGGGUUGAGACCGUUCUUCUUCAUCUGAAUAAACCGUUUAAAAAACCUCUCAGAUGAUCUGAAAAUGCUGAAAACAGGCUGUUUGUCUACAAAUAUAGAAUAUAUAAUAAUCAUAUAGAAUAUAUAAUAAUCGUAUAGAAUAUAAUGAUAAUAUGAUGCAUUGCUGUUUAACUACCAACAGUUUAUAAAUUAGUUCAACCUUAAACACACAUUAACAGUAAUAUUAAUACAAAACAUUUUACUCAUCGUACCACUUUUACUUACUUUUACACUCUAAAAACAUGUUUGGGCUCAACAAGAAGAUGAAUGCAACAGUUUUGAGUUAAUCUUUUUGAGUUAUGGCAACUUCUAAUGAAGUUAUGUUCAAUAAAUGAACUUUAUUGAGUUACAGGAAUCAGCUUUUCCUCUUCAAUCAAACAUGUUUUACUUUAUAAUAUAUAAUAUUUUAUAGUAUAACCACAUUAUAUUUGGCAGCAUAAACUCAAGUUUUUAAGUUGAUUACUUACAAAAAAUACCUGGUUCCAACUAGUUUUUCCACAUUAUUUGUGUCAACUCAAAGUUUUAUCUUAAUCAAUAAGUUAGAGGUUUUAUGUUGCAACCACACAUUUAUUUUAAUGAUGACAAUAAAUCCACUGAAUUAGAUUUUAACUAAAUUGUUUUUAUUUUAAAACAGCAUUCGAACACACAAUAUGUAAAUUGUCCCACACAGACACCGAUCUCCUUUAAAAACCUGCAGUUUUACACAUUAUAGGAAAAACCUUCAGGACUUUUACUGAGUCUGAACUCAUCAAACAUUUCCUGUUUUAUUAUCAGAUCUGUUAUUAUUGUUAUUUUUAUUAUUAUUAUUAGAAACUUAAUAAAGUUAAUGUUGUUUUAUUUAAGUUUGUUUGUAUGAAAUAAAUGUUCCUGAAUCAGGUUAAACUGAACCAAACUAUGAACAUUUCCCUCAGAAAGUAAAAAUAAAAACAAACAUUUUAUUUG